AAUGCAACUCAUCGUAUAUUCUGUAUUAUAAAACCAUUUAUUUUAAAGUUUUCUAUUUAUAAAGUUGGACUCAAAUGAUGCAUGUAUUACCAUAAUAAGCAAGGUGAUUCUUCGAGUGUCUAAUGAGUGAAAUAAGUGGUAAACGCAGGAGAAGCGAGUGUCAGAUGAAUGGCACGAAUGUAUUCUUCAUCAGAGAUGGCAUUCAUAGGAAACGGAUGACAAUUCUCGAGAGAAACGCUCAGACUUUGGGUCUUGUAGUCAGUGACCACUUCCGUGAAUCCAUUGAUUAUAUAAUAUCUGACUUUGAAUACGAGGAACAAGUGAUGGAAUCGAUUGGAUGUGAUAUAAGAGAGUUGAAGGCAGUUGUGGUGAACACCCGAUGGCUCACCGAUAGUAUGCAAUCCCAACAACUGAUGCCUUUUAACACCAAUUAUCGCCUUAAACGCAGACAUAAGGGAAUUGAUUCCAAGACUUCCAAUGAAUGUACAAAAGAGUCAUCAAAUGGCGAUUAUAUUUGUCAGCGAAUGAGUUCACUUAAUCAUCAAAACUCUAAACUCUCGGAACCAUUGGAAGUAAUGGCCAAAGAGGCCAAACUGAGGGCCCAUUUGUUUGAUACGGUUCGCUAUUUAGGCUUCAAGAAGGCGGCUGCUGUUCUCAAGUCGCUUCCAUUUGCUGUCAAACAUGUGGAUGAAGUGUCAUGUCUUAAGGACAUCGGAAAGCACUCAAAGAAAAUAAUUCAAGAGAUUCUGGAUGAAGGAGUCAGUCGUGAAGUCGACACAAUUCGUAACUCUGAUUGGUUUAAGACAAUGACUUUAUUUACUAAUAUCUAUGGAAUCGGACCAAAGACUGCACAGAAAUGGUAUGAUUUGGGGCUGAGAUCUUUGGAUGACGUGAUAAACACGACUUCUGUUCUCAAGAAUCAAAUCGCGGCAAAGAGUGUGGACAUGACGUCGACAUUCUGA